AUGAUCGACCAAGUCAAGGAAUCUUGUCUCUCGGUCUUUAAAAGCGGCGCGACAACGGGUAUCACGUUCGGGAAAGCGAAUAAUGUCGCCUCGUACAUUCGCAAUGGCGGUGGCCUCCAAAGUGAAUCCCGGGAAUGGGCAAUUAUCCCAACAGACAAGAGAUCAGGUGCAUUCUCGGAUGAAGGGGGCUCUGGUGCCAGUGUUGCAGAUGCAUACGGUCGCAUUGCCGGCUUACUCACCGGAGGUGCGGGAGCUACCGAUUCAUGCGACCAUAUUGCCACAAUCUAUAAUAGCAACGUGCGAAGUGACCCAUACUCACUCCUCUACGACAAUAGAAAUAGGCAUCUUGAUCUCGACCACUUCAGUCGCUUGAGUGUAGGCUAUCUCAAAGACGAACAAGUGGCAUCACAAGCAGGGUCACCGAGUCGGGACCUCACAGCUUCAUCUGGAUUCCAAUCGAUCGUCGACAUGAGCUCCGAAAAGGUCCUUGUUCUUGGAUCUGGAAACUUUGGACUCUGUCUUGCAGACCACCUCGCCGAUGCAGGCUCGACCGUGCUACUCUAUUCGCGGUCUCUAGAGGCCGUCGAACUUAUGAACAAAGAGCACAGGAAUCCAAAAUAUCUCCGGGAUCACCUAUUCUCAUCAAACAUUACGGCCAUUGGUCCUGAAUUUCCUACCAAGGAUGUGGUCAGCAAGAUGGACGUCCUACUAUUCGCUAUACCCACUCAGAACCUCCGGAAAGUGCUCAAGGAUAUGAGCUCGCUACUAGAUCCAGACAAUCACCCACUCAUGAUAUUCGUCAACAAGGGUAUUGAAACAGACACACAAGCUCUGACAUUGGAGAUCAUCGCCGACGAGUGUGGCACCGAGAUAGCUAAAACUUCUGUCUUCCUCUCUGGUCCUUCAUUUGCUAAAGAAAUAAUCAAACGCCAACCCACGCAGGUUUCUGUCGCUUCCUUAUCAAUAACUCACGCAGAUCGAGCGGCAGAAGUCUUCCAUCAGCCUUGGUUCCGUUGUUACACUAACAACGACCCUAUUGGCGUUGAGCUUUGUGGUGCGGGAAAGAAUGUGUAUGCACUCGCAGCAGGAGUUGCGGCUGGCCUCGGGUUCGAGAAUAACGCACGAGCGGGUUUAAUCACCCGAAGUCUUGCUGAGAUGACCCGGGUGGGCGUGGCAUUUGGGGCAUCCCCAAUCACCUUUCUCUCUCUCGCUGGUGUUGGCGAUUUAAUGCUCACUUGUACGUCGGAGAACUCGAGAAACUUCACCGUCGGAUACCGUCUUGGCAAAGGAGAGUCGCUCGAACAUAUUCUUGAGACUCUUGGGAGUGUGGCUGAAGGUGUCACGACGGCAAAAGGAUACAAAAAGAUCAUUGACAAAGUAGGCGUUCAGGCUCCUGUCGCCAACGCCGUCUACAGCGUCCUCUACGAGGCGAGUUUACUUUCCUAUAGACUUCACGAAGCUUAA